CAUACACUUACAGUCACACAAACAAGCCAGCAGUUGUAGAACCAGCCAGCGACUACCACAAUGUUUGUGUAAGGUGAAAAUUGUGGAAAAGGCGCUGGAUUUUAUUGUUUAAAACAAACGAAACCCCAACCAUCAUCAAAAUUACAAGCCAACGGAGAAUACUAAAAAAGCUCGAGAAAAUGGUUUUCAAUAUUUUAUUCAAGGAUCGAGUGACAAAGCCGCAGAAAAAAAUGCUCAUCACACUGCUGCGCGAGACCAAGUACAUGGAGGGCAAGAAGGAGAAGGAGUGGUACUGGGAGAAAAUACAGGCGGCAUUGAACACCAUCGGACCCAAAAAGACCAUCAUUCAAUGGAAGAAGUGCUGGCGGGACAUGCGUUUAACCACGCGUAAAAAACUGGCCGAGCUAAAGCGGUGCCAGUUGUCUGGUGGCUCACCACCGCCAGGUAUUGAACUGAACCAGGAGGACAAUGACAUCAUUGAUAUUGUGGGCACUGAGUACUUCUAUGAGGAGAUGAACGGCGAGCUGAAGCCGGAGAAUUUCAUGUCUAGCUUUGACUAUGUGCCGGAACACUUUUGUGACGCGAUACUCACGGCUGCUGCCGGGCAGCAGCAGCACAUGCAGCAUCAGAAGGAUCAGCAAGCACACGGUCAGCAACCGCACGACCAUCACACAAACGAUGGCGAGACAAAUGAUGCGCCAGGCUCCUCUAACGGUGCCUCCUUUCAGGGGCAGGGCGUCGGCCAAAUGGGCCAAGGACACAAUGGUGCCGAGCAUGGCAGUGGCAGCGCAGGUGGCCAAUCGCAUACUGCUAUUCCCCAGCAUCCGGCCUUUCAUGGCGGUCUACAUCCACAUUUGCUGCGACGAUCGCAUGGAAACUCUGCGCUGCAGCGUGAGACGCCAUUCGAGGAGAAGUUGUUGCAGUUCAUGCAGGAUGCCUUUCCGAAAAAGAGUAAGAAGCGCAAGCAACGCGAUCCCGAUAAACUAUUUCUACUGUCGCUCUAUGACGAAAUCAAGCGCGUGCCCGAGGAGAUACGCUUAGACGUGAAGUCCGAACUCAUACAGAUCUUGAAGAAGUACCAAAAGAAAUCGCCAGUGAAGGCGGAAAAGUCAUCCACCUCCACAUCGUCAGCGUCCAAACAGAGCAGCAGUUCAGCCGCCCAUCUGCCACAUAGCAUGUACCAGCUGCAAAAGAAGUACGAGAAGAACGAGAAGGAACCUUCGCCACAAUCCCAGGUGGAACGCGUAUCCGCCACAGCCGUGCCGCUUCAUGCGCCGCAGCAGAUUCCACUUUUCCAGCUGCAGAAAAAGUACGAGGAGAGCGCUGAUAAAGUACACCAGCAGCAAAACGAGCAGCGCAAGCAUGUGGAGGCGGCGCACCAGCAGCAGCAUGCAGCACAUCAGCAGCCGCCACCGCCGCCCAACGAACAGCACCUGCACCAUCCUCAGAUGGCGCACAACAUCAUGUUCCCGUUGGCGCAGCUGCGUAAUGAGCAGCCGCCAUCUCAGCAGCAUCAUGGCCACAAUCCGCAUCAACAGCAGCAACAGCAGCAGCAGCAUCCCCACCAGCAACAGGCCCAGCAGCAUCAUCCACCGGCGAUCUUUGGGACUGCUGCGACCACAUCAGCGAUGAGCACAGACCGGCCAGCGAUGUCGUACGAGAAUGUCGGAUGAAUGUUGAGCCGUCUGUGGGAAGCCACUUGUGGAGCGCGCCCUUCGACGGUGUCCCCCACGACGGCAGACGCUGACAAUUGUUAGCCAUCGAUUAGCCUAGCCAAGCUCAGCCCAGCUUGAAUCCAGUGACUUCAAUGGCUCCGGGCCAACAUUCUUCGCUGGACAGCUAUCGUUUAAAACUGUGUGCAAAUUUGUUUCAAACAUUAGGUUUUAUGUCUACUUUAUAGUUUCUAGUUUAUAGCCAUGAAAUGAUCUUCAUGUAAAUGCUUUAGGACAGUCCCAAUGCCAACAAAACCGAAAACCAAAAUUGCGAAUUGUAGUUUCGUUUUUGAGAAAUCGCAAAUGAGUUUUAAUGCAAUUAAAAGAAAAGAAUUUAUACUAAAAACAAAAACUUACAAAUGUAUACAAUGGCAAAAAAAAAAAGAAAAAGGAUAUACCUUUGGACUUAAAUCGUGUGAAUGAAAGGAUGUUGAUAAUCUUAACUGCGUAGCAUUUGCAACAAUGUAAACAUUAAACUAAAUGUCUUUUGGAAAAA